CGGGCGCCGCUGGCCGGGCUUUCCGGCCGAGGCCACCUGGUCUGCAAGCGAGGGCGUCUGCGGCAGCGCGGACGGCGACCUGGGCCCUGUGCACACCGCGCGCCCGUCCACGGCGCCGCGGGCUCCCCGCUGCCGGGUCCCGCCCUCGGGGCCGCGCGUGGGUCGGAGUAGCCCGGCCGGCGGGCGAGGCGCGGCGCGGCGCGGCGCGGCGGGGGCUGCAGGAAGCGGAGGCGGCGGCCGCCCGGGGCCGUGCGCGGCGGGGCUGGCGACGCCCGGAACCGGCUUCGGUGGUGAGGCCGGCGCGGCAGGGCGUCCGGGCGGGCGAGCGAGCCAGCGCGCGGGGCGGGCGGCCGCUGCUGAGUAAUCCCCGCCGCGCCUCUCCGCAGCCCGGCCGGCUCCGCCCUCCCCGCGUCCCCGCCCGGCCACCCUACCCGGCCCCGCAGGUAGAGCCGGGCCCGGCAGCGCGCGGGGCCGCCGCAGCCGCCUCCCCGACGUCGCCUCGGCCCAGCGCGGGGCUUCGCGCGCCCAUGGCCGGCGCCGGGCAGCAGCGACCGCCGCGGCGGGACGACAGAGACUCUGGCGCGGCGGCGGCGGCGCCCCUGCAGGACGCGGAGCUCGCCCUGGCCGGUAUCAACAUGCUGCUCAACAACGGCUUUCGGGAGUCGGACCAGCUUUUCAAACAAUACAGAAACCACAGCCCAUUAAUGAGCUUCGGAGCCAGCUUCGUCAGUUUUUUGAAUGCCAUGAUGACAUUUGAGGAAGAAAAAAUGCAAUUGGCAUGUGAUGACUUAAAAACUACGGAAAAGCUAUGUGAAAGUGAAGAGGCUGGAGUAAUUGAAACGAUUAAGAAUAAAAUUAAGAAGAAUGUUGAUGUCCGCAAAUCCGCUCCCUCCAUGGUUGAUCGGCUUCAAAGGCAAAUAAUCAUAGCUGACUGUCAAGUCUACCUGGCUGUCCUUUCGUUUGUGAAACAAGAGUUGUCAGCAUACAUAAAAGGUGGGUGGAUCCUCAGGAAAGCCUGGAAGAUUUACAAUAAGUGCUACCUGGACAUCAAUGCCCUUCAGGAACUGUAUCAGAAGAAGCUAACUGAAGAGCCCUUGACUUCUGAUGCUGCAAAUGAUAAUCACAUUGUGGCUGAAGGGGUGACUGAGGAGUCCCUAAACAGACUGAAAGGUGCUGUGAGCUUUGGAUAUGGCCUUUUUCACCUUUGCAUAUCCAUGGUGCCCCCAAACCUGCUCAAAAUCAUCAACCUGCUGGGUUUUCCUGGAGACCGCCUACAGGGGCUUUCUUCACUGAUGUAUGCAAGCGAAAGUAAGGACAUGAAGGCCCCUUUAGCUACACUGGCACUCCUCUGGUAUCACACAGUCGUCCGCCCAUUUUUCGCUUUGGAUGGCAGCGAUAACAAAGCAGGCCUGGAUGAAGCUAAGGAGAUUCUCCUCAAAAAAGAAGCUGCUUAUCCAAAUUCUUCCCUCUUUAUGUUUUUCAAGGGACGGAUCCAGCGAUUAGAGUGUCAGAUCAACAGUGCCUUGACUUCUUUCCAUACUGCUUUGGAACUUGCAGUAGAUCAGAGAGAAAUCCAACACGUCUGUCUCUAUGAAAUUGGUUGGUGCAGCAUGAUCGAGCUCAACUUCAAGGAUGCGUUUGAUUCCUUCGAGAGGCUGAAGAACGAGUCCAGGUGGUCGCAGUGCUAUUAUGCAUAUUUGACUGCAGUUUGUCAGGGAGCCACGGGUGAUGUGGAUGGGGCACAGAUCGUUUUCAAGGAAGUUCAGAAGCUCUUCAAGAGGAAAAACAAUCAGAUCGAGCAGUUCUCGGUGAAAAAGGCAGAGCGAUUUCGGAAGCAGACCCCGACCACAGUGCUGUGUGUGCUGGCGUCCAUCGAGGUGCUGUACCUGUGGAAAGCGCUGCCCAACUGCUCCUUCCCCAGCCUGCAGAGGAUGAGCCAGGCUUGCCACGAAGUGGAUGACUCGUCAGUUGUUGGCCUAAAGUAUUUGCUCCUUGGUGCCAUUCACAAAUGUCUAGGGAACUCGGAAGAUGCCGCUCAGUUCUUUCAGCGAGCUGCUAAAGAUGAGCUGUGUCGUCAGAACAACUUAUAUGUUCAGCCCUACGCUUGCUAUGAACUUGGCUGUCUUCUACUAGACAAACCAGAGACUGUAGGAAGAGGCAGAACUCUACUUCUUCAAGCAAAGGAGGAUUUCUCUGGCUACGACUUUGAAAACAGACUGCACGUCCGCAUCCAUGCUGCUCUGGCCUCCCUGAGGGAACUGGUUCCUCAGUGACCAGCCUGAUGGGACGCUGAGUCCCCCACUGUCUGGGGCUGCACUUUAAAAUCAAAGCAGAGGACAGAGCUCUCACGAAGAUCGGCUUUCCUUCUGCAGACCACCUGUGCCAGGGACACAUUUUCCCAAGCAAGCUGACAUAUUAAAGCUCUCCUCUUUUAACCAUGUAGCUAAGAAAUGAUGAUGAUGGUGGUGACGAUGAUGAUGGCCGUGGUGGCGGAGGUGGCGGUGGUGAUAUAUCCAGCCACCUGGGGAGAGGGUGAAGUGACCUUGUUCAAACGUUUUAGUUUUGUGAUUUAUUAUUUUUAAAAUAAAAUCAAACUAAAUAUUCA